UAUAGCUCAGCAUGUGAUAAUUAAAGACAAUCACUAAAUACAUUUAUGAAAAUAUUACAAAGUAUGGGUAUAGUUGGACAUAUCUUCUAUACCUGAAUCCUAUUGAACAGUUUUAAUUCAUAGUAGCUAAAGAGUAAGCUUAGGAGAAAGGAACUAUUUUUUUUUAGGGGAAAAAAAGAAGGUUUAACCUUGAGAAUAGAAAAUGCUUCUUAUGAUACUCUUGUUGGUUAUAUUGAAAUAUUUUGUAGAUACAUAAUGAAUAGGUUAUCUAUAGGAAGCUAUUCCAUCAAUCAAGACGGAUUCAUUUACUGGAAAAAGAGAGGGGGGGAUUAUAUAUACUCAGACGGGGUAUAUCUAUACAUAUUUUUUUUUUUUUUUUAUAACAAACUUCUUCCUAUAAUGAUAUUUGCCAGACUAAGAGCUAAAUCAUAUACUUCUUCAGUUCUUACAGCACUCACAUGGAUGCCGGUAGCUAUAUUCUUUGUAGAUCAUGGUUAUAGCUAUGGUGUCAUCUCUGGUAGAUCCAUGCAGCCGACAUUUAAUCCAGAUUCAAGCAUGUUGAAAAAAGACAUCGUAUUAUUAGACAAGUGGUCAACCACAGAUCAUCAAUUUGAAAGAGGACAAGUCGUGACAUUAAUAUCACCUAUCAAUCCAAAAUGUAUAAUUACUAAACGAAUAUUGGCUUUACCAGGAGAUAGGGUACAAUCUUUACGCAACAAAAAUGAAUGGGUUUCUAUCCCAGAAGGCCAUGUUUGGGUAGAGGGUGAUGAAGCAUUUCAUUCAAGAGAUAGUAAUUCAUUUGGACCCGUUCCAAUCGCUCUUAUUAAUGCAAAAGUAACACAUAUUCUAUGGCCGUUUUCUCGAUUUGGCCCAGUAGAAAAGAAGUCUGUCAAUAAGGAUAGAGUGCAAAUGAAUGUAUUUAGACCUGGUGUUGACAUUGAACCAAGCAGACAGAUCUAAUUUCUCCGCAAUUUUUUUUUCAUGCUUACAAAAUUACCAUUGCUACUGCUGCUACUACUACUCUUACUGUAUAAGAUUUAUUAUAGGUCAG